AUGAAUGUCGAUUCGCCUAACAGUCCCAUUGAUGAGAAUUCCAGUCAGGACAACAUCUCAGUGUUGGUGCAUCCUCUGGUAGUACUAAAUGUGUCAGAACAUUGGAUGAGGGAGAAAUUAGCUCUGGAUUCGACUGCUGUUGUUGUUUACGGAGCGUUACUAGGAAAGCAUAGAGGACGGGAGAUCGAGAUAUUCAACUCAUACGAGAUCCUGGUUAGCGAAGAUAUGACAGUGGAUAGGGAAUACUUUGCUGCUCGAGAGAGUCAAUUUAAACAGGUAUAUCCUGGUUUGGACUUAAUUGGCUGGUAUACAACGGGAGGACCCAUUACCGAUGAAAACAAGCUCCUGAACUCUCGAUUUAUUGAAGGCGGUGAGUCGCUGAUCAUAUUAAAGCUAAAUCCUUUGGAAAAGUCUGGCGAACGUCUUCCUAUAAGGGUGUACGAAACGGUGGUCGGGAGCGAUUCUCGUGUUGACUUCAAGCAGAUACCCUACACUUUGGCCCAUGACGCGAUUGAACACAUUGGAGUAGACCAUUUAGCCCGUGUCAACUCUUCCGCAAACAGUGCUAAUGGGAGGAGCGGUGGUGUAGGCAGUGCUGCAGACGACAUUUCUCCCACCGCUGAGUGCCUAAUGGGAAAUUUUCAUGCAGUACAGAUGCUCUCCAAAAGACUGCAUCUCCUCCUCGAUUAUGUAGAUGCUGUGAUGCAUGGCGAGCUUCCUUCGCAUCCCGGUAGACUGCGCGAAAUUCGUGCUCUCCUCUCCCGUCUUCCUCGUUGUAUCGAGUCAGAGAACACUGACUCCGGCGCUGUCAGUGGUGGUAGCAACAGCAGUAGCGUGAGUGGGGAUGACGAUGCGAACUCGGUAUUGCGUCAGGCCAACGACGUUUGCCUCAGUUCCCUCCUCGGUGGUUUGACGCGGGCUCUUCAGAGCUUGCAUUCAUGGAUAUGUCAGGAGAGGGUAGUAGCAGCGUGCAAGGAUGCCUCGGCAAAGGGAUCAGGGGUAGGCACUACAACAUCCUCUCAGCGAUCACGGCCCACCUUCAAGAUGCCGCUUCCACCCCAUGCAGUCGAGGUCGUGGCUGCUGGAGAGGAUGGGACAAAGGGGUGA